CAUUUAGAUAAACCGAACGAGUUAAUUAUAAAAGUCGCGAACUUUUUAUCAGUUGUAUCAGUUAACCACUGGACUCCACAACAAUAACAAUGUUCUCCAAGGUGCUGUGCUUCGCCGCUCUGGUGGCUAUAGUAGCCGCUCAGUCUGACCAUGGUCACCAUGAGCACCACCACGGCUACUCCUCGCAGCACAUCUCGCGCCACGAUGGCAAAGCUGAGAAAGUCAGCGUUAAAGGACACGAUGGACAUGAACACCACUAUGAUUACUAUGCCUAUCCUAAAUACGAUUUCGAAUACAAAGUAGAGGACAAACACACCGGCGACCUCAAGACCCAGCACGAGACCCGCGACGGAGACGUCGUGAAGGGCUACUACUCCCUGCACGAGCCUGAUGGUUCCGUCAGAGACGUCCACUACCACAGCGACAAGCACACCGGGUCAUUUGCCACUGGGAUUGAUAAGAAUAACAUAACAAUUAAAAUGUUUACCAAGGUUCUGUGCCUCGCUGCUCUACUGGCCGCAGUGGCCGCCCAGUCCGACCACGGCCACCACGGCCACCACCACGGCUACUCCUCGCAGCACAUCUCGCGCCACGACGGCAAACCUGAGAAAGUCACUGUUCAAGUAAAAGACAAACACGGACAUCAUGAACUUCACUACGAUUAUUAUGCCCACCCUAAGUACGAGUUCGAGUACAAAGUGGAGGACAAGCACACCGGAGACCUCAAGAGCCAGCACGAGACCCGCGACGGAGAUGCUGUGAAGGGCUACUACGCCCUGCACGAGCCUGAUGGUUCCGAAAGACACGUCGACUACCACAGCGACAAGCACACUGGGUUCCACGCCACCGUGAAGCACAACACCCACCACAUCGUCCCAGAGCACCACCAUCACCACUAAACAAUGAUAUAAUUUGUAUUAGGUACUUACUAAGAUACUGUUUUUGAUGUGUUUGUAAAUAAAUUUGUUAUUAUUUGUCUA